CUGUUAUGAUAAACGAGCGAGGGAGAAUUAACGAUGAGAUUUAAACCACAUCUCUUUUACCCCACAUUUAUAGUCAAUAUUUCAAUUCGGAUUUAUUUUCGUAUUGUGUCAUUGUAAACCCAUUAAAUAAUUUGAUUGUUGUAUGAUAUCUUGACGAACCAAUAGCCGGAUAACGCCAAGUGUACAUGUACAUGUGCAUUUGUGUUUUUUUUUCAAGUGCAAUUGUAUUGUAAGCUUUAUAGCAGUGAAAUCUUUUGUGAUGGUAUUAUUCUUUGUAUGACAGUCAAAGGGAAAUGAUUAAGAUCGGACAAUAGUAUUAUAAACGUUUUUACAAAACAGAUAACAAUACCUCUACCUUAAAUGGUCCUGGCGCGGUAUUGGCUAUGAAUUUAUACUUAUCGUCAAUAUGUGAUUGUGAAAUGAUUACAAUGUCGCAUUUAAUUCAUGGAAGAAGUUAUUCACACCUCCACAGCAAACCAUAAUCAUUAUAUUUAUCUAAGCCAAACUAAUAGUCCCCAUGUGAUCAGCAAAUUUGUUUUGAAGAAUAAAUGAGGAGAGUGAAAUAAUGAUCUUACACUUAUAAAGGAAUCUAUCUUAGAUCUAUAACAACUGAAAGGAAGAAUUAUAUCAAUGUAUAGCUAGCUGUACGUUACUAAACGUUUACCCAGGAGAUAAUUGGUUGUCCGGUCCGGAGCUGUAACAUACUGACUGAUACUUGUGUGACUAUAUCGGUUUCUACAGAGGAUAUCAUAUUACUAUUCCCAAUACAUGCUCGGCAACUUCAUAAGCUGUUAUGUACUAAACUUGUGUAAAUUAGAAUACUGUCGACGUUUCAAAUUAAAAAAUAUUGGAUAAUAUCACACUUCUGAAAGAUAAUUUCAUGUUUCAAAUUAAAAAAUAGAGGAUAAUAUCACACUUCUCAAAGAUGUUCAUAAAUUAUGACUCGUGACGGAUUUAAUUAAACCUUCAAUAUACUAACGUGUGAAGUACCCGUGGAAUUAUUAGAGAUAUGGAGGAUGGGAGUUAUCAUUUUUAUGUCACCAGAAGUUUCGUACCUUUGUUGAUAGAAUUGAAAUACAAACUUUAUUGAAUAUUUAGUCUUGAGGAGGAAUUUCAUCUUCUUUUAAUAUUCUUCGUGAAAAGAUUUAUUGGAAAAUCACAUGAUUAAAAAGAUUUCAUCGAUAACAAAUUGAAUGAUUUUAACCACCGUUAUUAGUAAUUUGUAUAAUCUGUGAAAAAAGUCAUGAAAGUUAUCAAAGAUAUACUGUAAGCCGAUUACAAUUUAUUAUUUUAAAAGUAAAAAGGUGCAAAGCUUUCUCACGAGCUGUAUUCCCGAACAAUCUCACCAUGUCGAUAAAAUCAGACGAGGAUGAGAAGUCUGCCGACAUUGAGUUACAAACAGUAAAUUGUCAGAAGGUAAGGAUAGAAAAUGGAAGCGUCCCGAAAGAGCAAAUGCAUUCGGACUCGGAAUCGCCUAACAACAGUUAUUCACUGAAACAAAGCAAGCAAACAAAAUGGACUAAUGUUCGUCAUGUGAUUCAAGCGGCAAAUGUCGUAAAAAAGCCAAUGAGUGCAAAGAAAAAAGGAUCUCUUAGUCGACAGGAUUCUUUUCUUAAGAAAUUUUCUACGCGACAGCAUUAUAAAACUGACUCGGAAGAAUCCGUAGACUCGGACGAUGAGAUGCCGGGCGUUGUGUAUGUACAUAAUGAUGUGACUGUAUUCAAGCCGGACGGUUCGCCGAUGUUCUACUGGUUACUUAUAGUUACCAUUGCUGUGUUAUAUAAUCUAUGGACAUGUAUCGUAAGACAAGCUUUCCGUGAACUACAAUACGACCAUAAGUAUAUGUGGAUAACGUUUGAUAUUGUUAGUGAUGUGAUAUACAUUCUAGACAUUGUGGCUCAACUACGUACGGGAUAUUUAGAGCAAGGAUUAAUGGUGCUUGAUGGCGUCAAAUUAGCUAAAAGAUAUAUACGUUCUAACUAUUUCAAAGUAGACAUUAUUACUUUAUUACCGUUUGAUUUUAUACAAUUUGCCGUUGGUUGGCAACCAUUGCUGAGAUUCCCACGAUUUCUUAAAGUUCAUAGGUCACUUCGAUUUUUAUAUAUGCUAGAGACAAGAACGGCAUAUCCAAACUUUGUGCGCGUUGCGAAUUUAACGCAUAUGCUAUUCCUUGGGUGCCAUUGGUUUGCCGCGUUUUAUUUUAUGAUUUCCGAAGCUGAAGGUUUUCACAGUGAAUGGUCAUACCCACAACCAUCCGGAAGUCACCAAGCAUUGACCCGGAAGUAUUUAGCGUCUCUGUUUUGGUCUACUUUAACCUUGACUACUAUUGGCGAUUUACCGCCACCGGAAACAAACUGGGAGUACCUGUUUGUGAUAGGUAGUUACCUCAUUGGUGUGUUUAUAUUUGCUACGAUUGUAGGACAAGUUGGUAAUGUGAUUACGAACAGGAAUGCUAGUCGACUGGAGUUUGAACGACUCUUGGAUGGAGCCAAGCUUUAUAUGCGGAUGCACAAUGUACCUCCACCUGUACAGAGAAGAGUCCAGCGAUGGUAUGAUUAUGUAUGGACAAGAGGAAGAAUGACCGGUUCCGACAUAAAUUCUCUGGGACUCUUGCCGGAUAAACUUAAAACAGAACUAGCAAUACAUGUCAACUUAGAAACACUUAAAAAGGUAACAAUAUUCAAUGAGUGCCAGCCAGAGUUUCUUCAUGACCUUGUCCUGAAAAUGAAAGCUUACAUAUUUACUCCUGGUGAUUUGAUUUGUCGGAGAGGUGAAGUUGCGAGGGAAAUGUUCAUUAUUGCAGACGGGGUUGUGGAAAUCAUAAGUGAAAGUGGAAAAAUAUUGACACAAAUGAGUACCGGAAAUUUCUUUGGUGAAAUAGGAAUAUUAAAUCUAGAUGGAGGUAUUAACAGGAGAACAGCUGAUGUAAAGUCAGUUGGAUAUGCAGAGCUGUUUGUGUUAUCACGUGAGGAUGUACUUGAAGCUUUGAAAGAUCACCCGGAUGCCAAGGAUAUUAUACGUAAAUAUGCAGAGCAAAGGUUAAAACAAGUUCUUCAAGAUCGUGAAAAGUUCCAGCAAAUGAAGUCAAGUACAAGUGAAACGACACUCAACCAAUUAUUGGUAUAUCCUCGUACGUCAUUAUUUACGUCAUCAAGGAGAAAAAGUACAGGGACCGUUUCAAAACGUAGAAAAUCAUCGAUUAGACAUUUAGAUAAAUUAUUUAAACGAACUAAAGCAAAGAAAUCAAAAUAUCGUGUUGGUUCAUCAUGCCAAACGGAAAUAUGUGUUCAUGACGUUAAUGGAGAUUCGAUAUCCAUAAAUGACGUUACAGGUGUAAAUGCACCUGAAAAUGGAUAUAAAGCAUGCGCUGUGAUAGAAACAAGUAGUAAAAAUAGUUCCGACGAUUCGUUAGAUAGUAGUUGUUUGCAACCUUUCCCUUUACUAAUUAGUGUCCAAAACAAAGUAAAUGGAGCCAUAACUAACACUGCUGAAUGCAUCUGUGAUACUCAAUCGAAUAAUGACUCUCAAGAUAGUGAACUUCACGUACCCACCAUUAAUAAAAAUGUUCGGGAAUCUAAUCAAAUCGAAGGUCCAAUUGACAAGUCUCCUACAAACACUGACCAGGAAGAACAGCAAUCAGAUCAAGCAUGUUGCCGAUGUGGUCAUCUAGAAGAAAAGUUAUUUCUUAUUGAAAAACAAUUAAUGUCCGUAGAAAAGUUAUAUGCAGUGGGUAUUAAACAACUAGAGACAUUCAACGAAAUAAAUGAGAAAUAUGUUCAGAUGUUAAAUACCAUUCCAGAAUAUAAUGAUCAACCCAUGGAUUCUUCUGUAGACAGUGAAAGAGUACUCGAAUCUACAAAAUUAUGAACUGCAGUAUUUAAGCCUUCAUAUGGUUUAUAACAACGUAUAAGUAUGGAAUGCAAUUAAAAUCGUGACUGAAAGCUGAUCAAUAACGGCAAACAUUAUGUGUAUACACAAGUUAACGUAAAUACUUGGUUCUUGUGCGAAUAUAUUUUUGGAACAUCAAAAUCUAUACUGCUGGUCAGUUACAAAUAUAUGGUGCGUAUUAAAGUGAUCAAAAGGACAAAGAAAUGACUAUGAUAAACAUCCCACCAGUAUAUAGGUUACCAUAUGUCUGUAUGCACCUGUUGAUACACACAUGUAUAAGAGUACAUGUAUCUGUGUUUUGCAAGAUAUAAAAGAAAUCAACACUGCU